AUGAGUGAUGGAAGUGUCAGGCAAAGUGCGACUUUGAUUAUCCAAAAUGUCUUUUUGGAUGGUUAUGAAAAACCACUACGAGCUUUUAUUGACACUGGUGCGUCGAACAACUUUGUUCGAGCGCAAGUUAUGACUCAGCAUGGUGUUGGCCUGCUCGAUGUGAAAGAAGAAAUGAUCAUUCGUCUAGCGAAUGGAUCAAAAAUGAAGAUGCCAAAGCAAGCCAUUCGCUUGGCAAUGAAGUUUCAGGUGUUUCGCGGUGAAGACGAGUUUAUGCUACUCGACCUCGAUAAUAAAUUUGGUGUCAUCCUAGGCAUGCCAUUGUUGAAGCGUUAUCGGCUGGAUGGAUAUGAAGAUCGUUGUCAACAAGUCGCGCAGCGCUAUCUCGGGCUGCAUGACGACGAUUGA